AUGGACAAGUUGGCAGAUAUUGCAACCAAGUUGUGGUGGGGCGGGGACCCGGACGAGAAGAACCCUACCUCGGGGAUGUCUCGCCGUGACGUGUACAACGUCAGAAAGUCUUGGACGAAGAUCAACGCGGAUGCUCAAGGGAACGGCUUCCUCAUGUUCUCGAGGCUCUUCGAAGCAGACCCUGAGAGCAAGACCUUCUUCUCGUACUUGUCGGACACGAACAAGGAGCAGAUGGCGCGCAGCUUCACCUUUCAGGCGCACAUCGUGUUCAUCAUGGCGUCGCUGAACUCCGCCGUGGAGAACCUGCCGCAGCCGGAGAUCGUGGUGUCCCUCAUGACCAAGCUGGGGCGAGCCCACCACAGGCAGAACAUACGGAGGAAACACUUUCGGGUGUUUGAGGAGGUGCUAAUGAACAUCCUGAAGAACGACCUGCGCUUGAGCGAGGACGUGGUGGCCUCGUGGACACUCUUCGUGGCCUUCAUGUACAAACACAUGUUCACUGCAAUCACCGAAUAG